AUAAACCCUUUUAAACCCCAUCAUUCCUUAUAACCCCAUACCUUCCAAUUAUAUUAUUUUUAGCCUUGCGAGAAGACUGUCCUAACUUUAACAUAUUUUUACAAACUUCCAAAAAUGUCGGCUCAGUUCAUAGAAAAACACCGCGAAAACGCGGAAAUAUACACCGGUUCAGACCUAUGCAAGCAAAAAUCAAAAGAGCUUUUACUCGAAAUCAACAUGCCUAAUGGUCUACUACCCAUGGAUGAUAUUGAGGAAGUCGGGUAUAAUCGUACGACCGGGUUCGUGUGGCUAACCCAAAAAAAACCGAUCCAACACCGGUUCGAAAAGAUCGGUAAACAAGUAUCAUAUGAUACUCAUGUUACGGCCUUUGUUGAGAAUCGUCGGAUGAAGAAACUUCAUGGAGUUAAAGCUAAGGAGCUCUUAAUUUGGAUCACUCUUAAUGAAAUUUAUAUUGAUGAUCCUAAUUCUGGUAAAAUUACCUUUGGUACCCCUACCGGUAUUUCCCGCACUUACCCAAUUUCUGCUUUUGAGGUGGAAGAAGAGAAGAAAUGAAAUGGUUUUUCAAGGGGUAUAUUUGGGAUUUCACCUUGUUAAAUGCCAACUCACUUUAUUAAGCUUAAUCUUGGAGAUUUAGCUAUGUUUUUAAUUUGAUCUUGCCCUACUAAACCAUUAUCUAUGCCUUUAAGUUUAUGAUAUGAUGAUUAAGUAUAAGUUUACUUUCUCUACUAGUAUUAAGUUGCGUGUUAUAAUAUACCAAAGCGGAAGCUACUAAUGCAAGUUUUACAAUACUACUAUUUAUGUGAUUAUUAUUUAUAUAAUAAAUGUAUUCUCGGAUUCUACAUA